AUGAGUACGAAUAGCCUGUUUGAUACGCAGUUUGUGGUGAAAGACAUUGAUCCAGAUGGAAAGAAAUUUGAUCGCGUGUCGCGGGUUAUCGCAUCGUCACCCACACUUGACAUGACGUUGUCCCUCGACAUCGCGACGGACAUUUACCCUGUUCAUGUUGGGCAACAGCUUGCUUUUCUGCUAGUGUCAUCGCUCCGACGUGACAAGGCAGAGAGUGAUGCCACAGCCGAUCGUGAUGCGUGGCGUCUUGAUCAGGACGACAAUUCACUCGCGAAGGGCUUUGACUAUGUCAUGUACGGCAAGAUCUUUAAAUAUGACGAGCGCAGCACGGAGCAGGUGACGGUGUACGGUUCAUUUGGUGGGCUCCUGAUGGCACUGACGGGCUCUUUUCGCCAUUUGAGCAAGAUCACCGUUGGUUCGAACGUGUAUUUGCUCAUGCGCUAA